AUGUGCCUGGCUUUUGUUGUUGUUCUGCUUCUAAUCAUGAUCGCCUCCUCAUUCCUCAGAAAAGUGCAAGCUCAACAUGGUCAGCUUCCACCAGGUCCUAUGCCUCUCCCAGUUUUAGGAUCACUUCUUUCUCUCAGGAAUCCGCUGCACCGUCACUUUGCAAGCCUCACAAAGAUCUAUGGACCCAUAAUCCAUAUCAAGCUCGGGCUUGUGUCUUACAUAGUUGUGAACAGCUCUGAGAUGGCCAGGGAGGUCCUGAGAGCUCAUGAUGUGGAGUUUGCUUACAGGCCACUUUCAAAAUUCGGAGAAUACUUCAGCUUCGGAUGGAAAGAUGUUGUGCUUGCUCCUUAUGGAGAGUCCUGGAAGAACCUGAAGAUGAUCACGGCUCGACACUUGCUGAAUCCCAGCAGGCUGGAUGCUGCUGCUGCUUACCAAGAAUCUGAAAUGGCGCUCGUGGUCAAAGAUAUUGGACGUCUUGCCACCGCCUCCAAAGUCAUCAAUCUCAAACAUUUCAUUGGUAAGUUUGUCUCUGGUGCGUUCUGCCAGGUUCUCUUUGGAAAGAGAGAUGUGCCGGUUGUGGAUUUGAUCAGCCUGAUUGAGAAGCAAACCCUGAGCAUCAAUGUCGGGAAGUUCAUACCGCCACUUGAUUGUCUUGAUCUCCAUGGAGUGAACCGGAGAAUGAGGGAUGAUCUGAUGCCAAAACGAUGCUGA